AUGCAGUUGCUGCCUCAUUUGCCAGAUGCGAUCUUAGGCGUGGUGUCAGCACUGCCCCUGACAGAUGCAUUGGCCAUCCGUGUCACCUCCAAAGGAGUCGAAGCUUCGACAUCGGAGGGUUUGUUGCGUCUCAAGAAGUUGGACUUGACUCAUCCAGUCGCACAAACUGAGACAACGCCUCCAGCGUGCCUGGGUGGUGUCCAGUACUUGAUUCUACGGCAAGGAAUUUCCUCCGUGAAAGGUCAUUUACCGGAUUUGGCCGAAGAGCUUGCAGCUGCUGUUGCCUUUGCUCUUCAGCUGCCCCGGCUUCAACGCAUUGACCUCACGCGGUAUGACUGCAGCUUGCUUUUCUCAAAGCAUCGUGGGCAUCCUCAGGAAGCACCUUUGUUGCCACACUGCUUUGUAGCCAGUGAAGGAUCGUUUCAAUCAUCUUUAGAGGAGGCGAGUGUUUGGGCUCAGCUUUUGAAGGGCGCCCAAGGCAAGCGGACUGAGCCGAGGGACGACUGGUCUACCACUCUAAGAACUGUUCGGGCUGCUGCCUGCAGUGCCGCGGGCGUAGCGGCCCGCAGCUUUGUGGCGCAUGUGGUGUGCAAUGAGGGAACCGAGGCAUUGAUCAGUGACCUGCAGAUGUUGCCCAACCUGGUGGAGUUGCAGCUGGUGACCCGCGCUUUGCCGGCCCUCGAGCGCUUGGAUGAGCUCUUUGCACAUGGUGCACAAAGGCCGCAAACUUUGGAGACACAGCAAGCUCACCACCUGCGCACCUGCGCACCUGUGCAAGGAUGCCCCUUGUGCGCUCAGCACCUUCGAGACCGAGACUGA